GAAAGCCAACUGGCCUGGCGUGGCCACUUCACUCCUGCCCAUGUUCUAGAGUUGGAACAAUCGGGUAUGGUGAUUGGAGGCGGUAACAAUGCGAGUAUGGAACACAUCAAUAUGGCGAACUUCCUCAUGCGAACCAGCUGUCGUAAUUCGGGUGACGAGACACCAAAUGACUCUAGCAACCUUUUGUAUGCGCGCACCCCAUUGCUCGGUAGGUGUGAUUUCGACGUACUGCCUCUAUCUGGUGACUCAGAUUAG